CAUACAUCCUAACUGUGCUUUUGCGGUUUGAUGGGCAGCCAGAGGUGGACGAUGAGGGAAAUAUAUUAUACUGAUUCCCGUCGUUACAGCGUACAGCUUCUCCCCAGAGGAGCAAUAGAAAAGAAUAUGUUGGGAGGAAAUGGGCCGAUUGGGUAGAGGAGGGGUUCAGAAGUUUUUCGAGGAGAAAAAAUGGCAAUUCAGUAAAACCAGCUCGUCUGAGAAAGCAAUGGUCAUUGGUCUCGGUGCCCUCAAUCUCUUUGGCGUAAUUGUACUCGAUGGCAUGCUAAAAACUGUUGCAGUUGCACCAACUGGAUUCAUCUCGUUUGUGGGUACCAUUUUCCCUUGGCUUCAGGUUUAUGCUGCUUCAUUUUUUCUGAUUCCAUUGGCCCGAUGGCUCCUGAUUCGCAACAAGAACGCCCAAAUAGAGAACAGAAAUUCGGCUAGGGAGAAAUUUGCCCAAGCACUUAACUCACCAGAUUACACUCUUAUGCGAAAGCUUCUGAGUGCCCGAGAUAUGGCUCAGCGAACUUUCAUUGGACAAGAUAUAAUAGUUUACAGUACCGACAAAGACUUGUUCGAACAAGAAUUCGAUGCUCAAGAGUGGGAACGAAAGCUAAAUGAACUCGAGAAGUUGGAAUGACAGAGGUCGAGAGCCUCGAGGCGUAUCCAUUCCUCCAUAAUAGAUAUAGGAUUGCCAACAACAGCAGCAGAAAAUGAGAAUUAUUACCCGAAGAAGAUCGACAACAACAACGCUUUCUAGUUCUUUUGUUGUAAAACCAAUUCACAACUAUAUAUAUUUUCAGGUUCUUUUUGUAGAGUAGGAUUUAUUGAUAUUUUAAGAGAAUUUGCAUUUUUAG